AUGGCUAGCAAAGGCAUGCCAAAAAAGCUGUACAAGAAACGAUCUGAAUUGACGGUCAAUAUUUCACGUUGCAGACUUUGUAAUUGUGUUUGUGACCCUCGGCACAGUAAGAAUUUAUUUGGGAAGCAGAAUCAGACAGUUUUAUGCAACGCAAAGUUUAUUUACGGUGGCAAGUUACCGCAAGAUAUCAACCUUCCUCACUUAAUUAAUAUGUGCGCCAUGUGAGCGGAGGCUAAACAAGCCAUCCAGUUGAAAAACACCAUUUCAGAAACCCAGUGAGUGUUACAAGAAACUAUUCGCACAAAACGUUGUGUAGAAAUAUCGCCGUCAGUGUCUAGACCGUCUGCCAAAGUCCGUGCGGCGGGGACUUCAUGUCGACGCGGUAUCGAUUUCAACAUUGCUAGUGGAAGUCAAUCUGAGAGUGUUAAUCCUACACCGUUAGCGUUGCAUGUAAGUAUAUUUUGAUUCUGUGUUUAAUUUUAGUAAAUUCUUGAUGUUUUAUAUUUCCUUGUGGAAUAUUUAGGGCCUUGAUUUAGCGCUGUCUAUAUUUACUGUAUAUCAUGAAUGAUUCAUUCAUGCAUAUGAGCAUAUCUAAUGUCAACAAUGGUUUCAUUCAUGAUUUUGUGUAUAAAAGCUUAUAAAAUGUUCUGAAGUGGUAGUUAUAGUAUUGAAAAUGUGGACAGUUUAUACUAAUACCUAUAUGUAUCUUUCUAUUGUCAUUCAAAGAGUGGUCAAGUCUUAGUUGGGGCAAACAAGGAGCUCAUUGAGGUUGCCAGAAGAAGUGAGCCAUCUGUUCUCAGACAAAGAGACUUUGAUGGUAUGUCAGCUGAGGCUUGGAUGUCAGAAGUGUUGGCGGAAUUGGCAACCAGAUGUCCCAUGGUGAACAACAUCCUUUCUAGUCUGGUAGAAAGUACGAUUUAUCCAGAGAAGAAAAGUCCAGCCAUCUGUUUAAUUUAUGGCAUCAUAAUGUUCCUGCGGUGCCAUGAAUUAAGCAGAAUUCAACGAAUCAACUCUGUUUUGCUGAUAGAAGGCCAUGUAUCUGUACAUGUAAGUCAUUCUGAAAUUUAAAUCACAAUACUUGUCAGUGUGGAAAGUUUGCAUUGCGUGGCAAAGAUAUCCGCCACACAAUAUUGAUGCUCUCUAUUAAACUUUUCAAAAUAUGUGGAGCAGAAUUCCCAGUUGCCAGAAAGCCUAUUCACAAUGCAAUUGAAUAUGUUUACAUCAAUUGUUUGUUAGACCCUGAAAUACUGGUAUUUAAAACAACAUAAUUAAUUAUAUUUUCUUAAAAAUAAUUUAACAAAAAGUAACAUCAUAUGAUUUUGAUACUUUUAUUUGCAUAAUGCCUGUAAAAUCUCAACGUUUAACCCAUUAAGCUGUAUAGCUACUCAUUGACGGGUAAAAUCGUCUGACGUUAGACAAGUAAAAAAAAUAAGUGGGGUGCAUUGCGGCUCAAUGGGUUACUUCGGGCCCGCAGUAAUUGGCUAUUCGCUGUUGUGGUCACCCAGCCGUGGUCAUGUACCCACUAUAUUUCAUUAUGUACGUUUGUUUUUGUCCUGUCAGUAAUGUACUGUUUCAUCGGCAAAGUUUAUAAAUUUUAAAAAAAAAUUAAAUUAAACAUCAGUCAGAUUUUUUGGUUAACCCAUUAAGCUGCAGAGCUUCCCCAUUGAAGAGUAAAAUAAUCUGGCGUUAAUUAAACAAGUAAAGAAAAAUAAGUAAGGCGCAAUGGGGUGCAUUGUUAAAAAUAUAUUCGCAAACCAGCAUAAUUUAUGUUGAUCAAUGUCUAUGCAACACAGCAAUCACACCUGUAGUGCAAUAAAUUUUACAAUUGAAAAACUGAUUUUUUUCAAAAUUAUUGAUAAACCUGGUAUUAUUUGGUUACUGUAUGCCAUAUUAUAUUCUGUACUGAUUUUAGUAUUUAACUUUCACUACAUUAAAUUAAGUUAGUAAUAUUCCAUAGUGUUAUAACACAAUUUAUGACACACCAAAUCCUGGUACAAUUUGAUAAACCGUUGAUUACUGUGCUUAACUCUGCUCUGGUAUUUAAAAACAAAGCAGAUUAGAAAUAUGGUAAAUUAUCGGGAAGCCUUGCAGUGCCUUGGAAGGCCGUCUCCAAUUGGAUGGGGGUUUUCUAAAGAACGAAGCAAUUCAUUGUUAUAAACACAAAAGCAAUUGUCAAGUCGAGCCAAUGAAAAUCACUCUUCCGAGCCACUGCGAGGCUACCCGGGGGGAAAAUUAUGUACCAGAAACAGCAAGGAGCAGGGUCUUAGCUAGAAGACUGUGUUGGUCGUGUUAGCAUGGCCAAAAAUGGAAGAACACGGCAAGAUAAAUUGCUAAAGCUUUAUUAUUUAUGUGAAGACGUGCAGGUUCAUAAAAUAGACAGCCUUUUCUCCUAUUUAUGUUGUAAGAAAGUUUGUAAAAUCUAGUUUGUUGAAUUUGGCAAAAGUGAUGUCCCUGAUGUUUUUAGAUGUACAGUAUAUACUUUAGGUAAUGGGAACACUAUGGUGUUAAUGGCUUUCAAUGCCCCAAGGCCAAGACUAGCUAAAAAACUGACUGUAAUAUCAGUCCGAAAUAUAAGUGUAUCAUUGCCUUGACCACAGGCAUAGUCUAUGUAUUGUUGGCGAGCAUAACUGGAACCAUGCAUUUGGUUAUUCUGGAUAAUUUGGGACGUAUACUGUAUACACAUUCAGGAAUUAUAGAAACACUCCCAAAAUCUAAAAUCCUAGCUAAGACCCUGAGUAGGAGACAAUGAAUCUGUAAAAAAUUGGUAUGCUGCGAAAAUAAUAUGCACUUUAAUUUUGUCGAAUUAAUUGGUAGUCACUGUUUCAAAUUGGUGGAAAGCGUGAAAUUAUAAUCGAGUUAUCUUUUGGCUCUAAAACCAUAGUUUAUAGUAAGCAAAAAGUAGAUGUAUAAGUAAACUGUAAAAUGGCAUCCUUUAUCACUUUCAUUACAAUGUUGAGUAUAAUAAAAGUUACUUAUCACAAAGUAAAGUGCAGCCUCAGGCCAGUUACUGAUCAAAACUUGUCUGGUGUAUGUGCAUGUUCCACUGGGGAAGAGCCUGGGAACGAGGUUGGUUACUGAUGAGUUGUUUGUGUUACGAGACUCAACUAAGUUUUUGAGCCUUAAUUUUGGGAGCACAGUUAGGGACAAAAUGGGAUACUCAUCUUAUCUAUUAUAUUAAUUAUUUCAGUUGAUUGCUUGCUUGAAUAAAUAUGGUAUGUGCCUUGAACCGAAUAUGAAAUACCCAAUUCUUGAUGACAUUGGCCAGCAGUUUAUUGACCGUGCUGCAGAGUUGGUGAAGUCUGGCCAUACGUUUGUGUAUGUGCUGGACAAUAUUGAUUGGGAGGAAAAGGCACAUGAUAUGAGGCAGGACGUGCAAAACAGAAGUGUUCAUGCUGUGGCAACAAGUAUUGUAUUUAACCGUGUUUCUGAUGAAGGGUUGCCCGAUUCUGGUCCACAGCAAGAUCUGAAGGAUUGCAAUGUCCAUCAGUUGAUGGGUAUCAAUCCACUGGAAUUGGAUGCAAUUCGAAGCCGGUAUAGAAUACUUGUUGCCAAGCUUUUGUUUGAACAUUUCCCGUGUUUUGCAAUGUUCCAACCGUACGUCUCUGGGAACACUGAUUGUGCUUAUGCAGAAGAAAUGGCAAGAAAAUCGGAAGUUAUGACAAUGCCUGUCGUAAUGAAAGACGAAAAGAAAUAUGCCGACGUUGUGGAAGUUCUUGACCAGCUUGAAAAGUGGACACAUGAGAUUUAUACAGCUGCUGGGAUGUGUUCAUCAGAUCCUGAAUCUAGUGAUGACACCAACCCCACUGUUAGAACCACAUCAAGACCAGACCAACCUGGCUCGCAUGUCCCACCUUCUGCUUCUGAAAGUGAUCCAUUACGUGGGGUUAAAAUACCUUGUUAUGGUGAUCAACUCACUCGAGUUCGGUUUGCUGGAGGACGAGAUCUCAGAGCUGGGUGUCAUUCAGCGAAGAUUGGACCACCUAUAUCCAUUUUGUAUUGUUGA